GGGGAAUUGGGCAUGCAGCAAAUGAACAAAGCCGCAGCUCCAUGGCUCAGAAUCUAUGGAAUCACACUGGAAUAUGCAUGCCUUUUCCCUAUAUAAAAUAGUAAAAUACGUAUUUCAAUAUAAUAAGUACACCAUUGUCACUCUCUGUGGAAGAGCACAAUAACAUCGACAACCUCACCAUCCAUCGAUGUCACAUAUUCACAUCAUUCUCACGAAUCACGGCCUAAUUAGAAAGUCCAAUUCCAAAGCUUCCCAAUACUCCGAAACCCAGCUCAGCAUAUGGCCUUGAUUGGGUUCUCACUUCACUCACAAUUUCUCUGCUCCAACCCCAGGACCUCAAAGCCCAGAAGAAUCAGACCCAGCUCGCCGUCGGGCUCCGCCGUGGUGAAAAUGGCGGUGGCGACACCCACGACCUUUGGGUUCAAGAAUUUGAUAGAGACGUUCACGGUGGAUGUGCAGAGAGCGGAGGGGAGGCCCUUGAAUGUGCCCUUGAUCGCCCCUUUUACUAUUGCAUCGUCGAGGCUGGAGAGGGUGGAGAACGUGGCGAUUAGAAUUGAGUUGAAGAAUGGGUGUGUGGGGUGGGGUGAGGGCCCGAUUCUGCCGUUUGUGACUGCGGAGAAUCAGGCGACAGCGAUGGCUAAGGCGGCGGAGGUUUGCGAGGUUCUGCGGCGGAGACCGGCGAUGACUCUGGGUAUGUUGUUGGGUGAGAUUGGUGAGGCUGUUCCUGGUCAUGAAUUUGCUUCUGUUAGGGCGGGAGUUGAGAUGGCAUUGAUUGAUGCAGUUGCUAAUAGCAUGGGCAUCCCUUUGUGGAGACUAUUUGGUGGAGUGUCAAAUGCCAUAACUACUGAUAUAACAAUUCCAAUUGUUUCCCCUGCUGAUGCUGCUGAAUUGGCUACAAAGUAUCGCAAACAAGGAUUCAAGACCUUGAAGCUUAAGGUGGGAAAGAAUCUGAAUGCAGACAUAGAAGUUCUUCAAGCCAUUCGUGUGGCACACCCUGAUUGCUUAUUUAUCUUGGAUGCUAAUGAAGGAUACACUCCAAAGGAAGCCAUUGAAGUUCUUGAAAAGCUACAUGGUAAAGAAAUGGGAGUGACUCCUGUUCUAUUUGAACAACCUGUUCAUAGGGAUGAUUGGGAAGGUCUUGGUCAUGUUAGUAAUGUUGCAAGAGACAAAUAUGGGGUAUCUGUUGCCGCUGAUGAGAGCUGCCGGAGUUUACUUGAUGUUAAGAAAAUAGUGGAAGGAAACCUUGCAAAUGUCAUUAAUAUUAAACUAGCAAAAGUUGGGGUCCUUGGGGCCCUUGAAAUUAUUGAUGCAGCAAGAGCAGCGGGGCUUGAUCUAAUGAUAGGUGGCAUGGUUGAAACUAGAUUAGCGAUGGGCUUUGCUGGCCAUCUUGCUGCUGGCCUUGGGUGUUUCAAAUUCAUUGACCUAGAUACACCUCUUUUGCUGUCAGAAGAUCCCGUUCAGGAGGGAUAUGAUGUCUCGGGUGCUGUUUACAAGUUCACAAAUGCCAGAGGCCAUGGUGGUUUCCUUCAUUGGGAUAAUAUUGCCUAAAAUUAAACUUUGGUUGCUUCCACAACUUCAAAACUCUGAGCAACAGCAGAUCUUAUUAGAUCCUCUUAGUUGUCAAUUAUGCUUCCUUUUUUUAAUAAGACUUUGAGGUAGGCCUUGGGUUUACAAAUGGAGAAACAGAGAAGUGGUGCCUGCUUGGGUAAGUAUGCUUCCAGGUGAGAUGUUCGGUAGCAGUGAUUGUGACAUUCAUAAGAUGGAAUUUCCUUGGGUCAUGUACACAAUUAGAGGCUUUGUCUUCACCAUGUUAUUAGGAGCAGUCUGAACUCAAUUUUUUCUAAUUCUUCCUUGUUAGCCAGUCAUUGUGUCUAGAUCAAUGGUUAUGAAUGAUUUUAAUUCUCUGUACUAUAUAUUUUCAAUUAUCCUUUUCAAAUACCGUUAUAAUUCUGA